AGUCGUCUCUUCUUCGGAAGUCUUUGUAAAUCGCAAAACGGCUCUCUCGCCGGCGACUGAGAUGGCGGAAGGAGACCCACAACCGGCUGCUUCCACGAGCUCCAACCGCGAAAGGUCAUCGCUCUGCCAAGAGUGUAAUUCGAACCAGUCGAAGUACAAUUGCCCGGCCUGCUCCGUUCGUUCUUGUAGCCUUACUUGCGUCAACUCUCACAAGCGCCGCAGUGGAUGUACGGGCAAGAGGAAGCAGACGCAAUUCGUCCCGAUUUCUCAGUUCAACGACAGUAUCCUACUUUCUGAUUAUAAUUUGCUGGAGGAAGUGAAGAGGGUGUCUGAAUCUGCUCAAAGACUAAGAAAGAAAUUGUGCCCCUAUACUCAUGCUUAUUUUCGGCUACCGUUUCCCCUUAAAAGCCUGGGCACUGCUGCUUCAAGUCGGAGAACAAAAAUCCUAUUUCUUCCCACUGGAAUGACGAAAAGGGAGAAAAAUCAAACUCGAUACGAUAAGCGGGAAAAGACAAUCUUUUGGACAAUUGAGUGGAAGYUUAACUCUACGGAUAUUGUUUUAUUUGACCAUGGAGUUAAUGAAAACACAAAGCUUUCUGCCGUUCUUGAAAACCAUCUACAACCAAGUCCAUGGAAAAAUCAACUUCAAAAGUUCUUUCAGCAGCUAGAUAGUGUCAAGUUAUUUGUCCGUACAUACCCCAAGGGAGCUACCUCGCCUUUUCGUGAGCUGGACUCAGGGUUGCCGAUAAGGAAACUGUUUUCCAAUUUGGUUGUUUUGGAAUACCCUGUUAUAUAUGUUUUUCUACCCUCUCAAACUCCUAACUUCGAAGUAGUUAAAACUGCCAACCCAGUGAGUCAUUCAGAAGGUAAAAACACUGGAAAAGAUGAUCAUGCUAGUCCUGAAGGUGUUCCCUUCAGAGUGGAAGAAAUAGAAGAAGACGACGUCUCGUUCAAUCCUCAGGUGCUUGAUUUGAUGAAAGUAUCAACCUCGAGCCCACGUUGUGAAGUCGAACCCCAAAAUCUGCAUGGUGCAACAUAUAAUCACUCUGCAGAUUUGAUGGAGGAUCAUGAAGUUAGGAAUAGCCCCAAUUCAAGCUCCCAGGCCAAGGAAGUAGGGGUUCUGAAAGAAUUGGAGUUUGAUUUUGAGCAAGAUCUGAUAGACACAUAUUCAAAUAUCAUGGCACAAAUCAAUCCAGAUGAUUUUCUUGAUUGGGAAGGAGACUUUUCCAAGGGAGUGGAAAUGGAAGGAACCGCCGACCUUCUUGGGGACGUGUUCACCGUGGAAGAAUUGGAGGAGGGUGAGAUUCUUGAAUAGUGAUUAGAAGCACUUUUUCAAGGUUAGCUUCACUCAUUCUUGCCCAGGAGAACUCCAGCAAAUUUUGACUUCAGCCCUCAAUAUGAUUUUACUUCAUUGAUUUACCAAUUUUGUGCAAGUAAUAUCCUGUUUACUUGCCCCAGUUAGAUCAGGAUAUAGUGGUGGCUGCUGUUGUUUACACUUUUUGCUAAUUUUGAUUUGAUUUCUUCUUAAAAUUAA